AUGAGCAUGGAAUAUGCCCACCUCCUGGCGAACCUCUUGAGUUGCAGUGCCGCCUCCACCAAUUUGAAGGCCUGCGUCUGUCGCCUGAUCAUUGCCGACGAGGCAGUGGGUGAGAAAGGCCAAUCCAUUGUGUUAGCAGAUGGUCUUGCACGGCUGAUGCAGAAAGGCCCACGGGGCACAGCAUUGCGAGACGGGGCACAGCAUUGCGAGUUGACCCGAAAUGGGGGAAUAUUCGGAAUACCAAUACCACAUAGCAUAGCUUAG